AUGCAGUCGGAAGAUCCUACAAGUGCUUCUUCGGCUCCUCAGGCAGGAAAGAUUAUCUCCCUGUGCUGGAAUGCGGGGGCACUCGCUGCUGCUUACUACGAUAUCGAUCAACUCGAACUGUACGCAAUACAGCAAGCGAUCGAACCACGGCCCCAGUACGUGCUGCUUAGAGAGCUUGUCCGUCGCUAUCAUCCUUUGUUCUACGUUCUAUCUGGUCCCAGCUGUUUUGUGGAAGAUUGUCGUGAGGUGUUGCGCCUUCCUAUAGACCUUCCGAACCAAGCGGAUGCUUCGGAUUCCACCACCGGGAACAGAACCAUGGCUACUCAAUCCACAAACGUGAAGACUGUUGAGUAUUCCACCCAUACACAAUCGGCUGCCAAAAAUCGUUUGCUAGCACUCAAACUUCCCGGCAUGCCACCGGAAUCGGAUGAGAACGAGUGCCGAACCUUUCUCGAGAGUAUACUACCAUUUGAGCAAGAGCUGCUCGUGUGCAGUGUUGGCAGUUUGCUGCUGCUUUUAGAUACCGUAGGCGAUUCCGUGUCACCGGAGCAACUAGUGACGAAGAUCAACGUCAUCACGCCUAGCACGCAACUCAUCAUCGACGGAUUAACGUAUGAAGCGUUGCAGAUAUUUGAUACUAGCCGUCAUCCGUCCGGAUUCAAGUGUGGUACCGACUCGCGGGGACUCUCCGUGUUCAGCUUGUUCAACAAAUGCUCCUCGAAAAAUGGGGAAGAAUGGCUUAGCCGCCUAAUGACGCAACCGGUACGAGACCGGACGGAGCUAGAGCACCGCCUCAAUACUGUACAGUGGUUGUUGGCAAAUGUUCGCUACGCGAACCAGUUCGAUCAGUGUUUGAAACAUCUGUCCAAUGUGGGGCUAUUGUACCGAAAGAUAUUACGAGGAACCGCACGAAAUACCGAUUGGAAGAUGUUGAAGAAAAAUCUUUACUAUAUGUACUCGCUCUGCAAACUUUGUGCCUUAACCCUCGAGGAUGCAAAUACUACAGGAACAGUAGUACAGCAGCUUGGGCAGUACAUGCGCAAUCCGAGUAACGCGCUCAAACACGUACUAUAUACGAUCGAUAAGUGUUUGGAUCUGGAAAAAGGAGAAGAGGAAAACAAGGUGGCUAUUCGUGCCGGGCUAGAUCCUGCCGUUGAUCGAUUGCGCGAACAGUACGACGAAUUGCGACAAGUCGUGAUGGAAUCGUCCCGACUAGGGCUGGAAACUAUGCAACUAGACAUGGCGAACAUCUGUGUUACGUAUCUACCAUCGUUCGGUUUCGUGAUCAGUACCCAGAUAGAUGAACAGCUGCAACGGUCGGGAAUCUUCAAUAACUCUUCGUUCGACUUAGUAUUUCAGGCUGAGAAUACAGCAUACUUUCAGAUUAAUUUAUGCAAAGAGUUGAACGACGAGUUCGGCCAAAUGGUCGCAACCAUGAUUGAGCACGAACUUGCGGUACAGAUGCGUCUAACGACCUUUGUGGGCACAAAGUUCCCGGAAGUGAUGGGUAUAUUUAAGCUGGCAGGAAAACUGGAUGCUUUGCUUUCAUUUGCAACCGUGGCAAAGAUGCAUCGCUAUGUGCGUCCAAUUAUUUGCGACGAAAAGGUAUUGCAAAUUCAUGCUGGACGGCAUGUUGUGCUAGAACACCGAAGAUCGUACCGAUCGAACGACACGAACGCAGGUGAGGCAAACAGGCACCUGGUAAACGUGAUUGCCGCUGAUGCAUCCGUCGGGAAAACAACAUAUCUAAAAGAGUUGGCCAUCAUCUGUUAUCUGGCACAUGUGGGUUCGUUUGUACCGGCUGCAUACGCCAAAAUUCCCAUCCUCGAUUCGAUCUACACACGGCUCGAUCAUCCCGAAUCGAUAUUUAGCGGCCGAUCUUCCUUCAUGUCGGAACUGUAUCAGAUGUCGAGUUUGCUGCAAAAUGCCACCGCCAAAUCGUUGAUUCUUAUUGAUGAGUUUGGCAAGGGCACAAACUAUCUCGAGGGGAAGUCUCUGCUGAUUGGCUCGAUAGAACAUUUGCUCAAACGUGGCCCUAAUGCUCCCAUCACCUUUGUUACAACGAAGUUUACCGGAAUUGAACAGUUUCUACCUACCCAGCACUACCGGUACCUUACGGUAAAGGUACACCGCGGAACUCGCAACCAUUCUCGAAACGGUACAAGCAGUGACACGUUGGACGUGACCUCGAUCGACCCUAGCGAUCCAAACGAGCAACUCAAAACCACGUACCAGUUGGCGUUUCGUGCCGUUUCCUUUGCCGUAAUGAAAUACCAUCAAGCGAGUGGCCAAGCACCGGCUACGGAAAACAUUCGGCUGCUGAUGGAAAACACUCCGAUCACGAGGGUACCGGAACGGUGUCUAGAAAUUUCGCAUCAACCGCCACGAACAGCACCCGACACGACAUCGAUGACGUUACCCGUGGUGGAGCCUAAUGGAAAUCUUAACGAAAAACGUAACAUUUAA